UGAAACUUGGUGAAGGUCGCUGGGAGUCCUUCUUCUCACCCACACACACGCACUUCACCUGACACACACAUUGCCGUGCAGAGAGCUGAAGCUCAGCUCAGUCCCAGUCCUCUCCCACUCGUGUGAGAAGCUGCCGGUGAUCGGACUAUCGCCUGAAGCAAAGAGGCCGGGCUGGUGUUGAUUCGAUUUUACAGCCUAGUCACUCUCUCUGAAGCUCCAGCUUGUCAGCCCAGGGAGGCAAGAGGGAGAGAAGAAGAAGAGGCUGUAGUGAUGGCUAUGACCGACAUUGCAGAGAUUGACCUGGAUGAGAUGAUGCGAGAAGAAGCGGAGGAUGUCUUCUAUGAGGACGGAGUGUCGUCCCGAGUCCCGGAGAUCAUGGCGGCUGGCACUCAUUCCCCUGGUGGGCCCAAUGGCAUAAUAAGGAGUCAAUCCUUCGCAGGCUUCAGCACACUACAGGAACGACGCUCAAGGUGUAACUCCUUUAUGGGAAACUCUGCGGUGCAGAAGAAGCCACAGUCCAAGCCCAAGAAGCCUCACCUGUCAGGCCACAAAGGAGGCAGCAGCUCCAGAGAACCACAGCCCAAAAGACUGGAGGAGGUUUACACUGCACUUAAACAAGGCUUGGAUGAAUAUCUUGAAGUUCAUCAAACAGAGUUGGACAAACUCAUGUGUCUGAUGAAGGACAUGAAGAGGAACUCUCGUCUGGGUGUGCUGUAUGAUCUUGACAAGCAAAUCAAAAGCAUUGAGAGGUACAUGAGACGCCUGGAGUUCCAUAUUAGCAAGGUGGAUGAACUGUACGAGGCCUUUUGCAUCCAGAGCCGCCUGAGGGAGGGUGCCAGCCGGAUGAAGCAGGCCUUCUCUUCCUCUCCCUCAACUAAAGGCACCAAAGAAAGCAUCGCGGAGGUCAAUCGCCGGUACAAGGAAUACACCGAGAACAUGAGCACGUUUGAGAGUGAACUGGAGAACCUGCUCGGGGAGUUUCACAUCAAAAUGAAAGGUUUGGCAGGCUUUGCUAGACUUUGUCCUGGAGAUCAAUAUGAGAUCUUCAUGAGGUACGGCCGCCAGCGGUGGAAGCUGAAAGGAAGGAUUGAAGUGAACUCCAGACAGAGCUGGGAUGGGGAUGAGAUGGUCUUCAUGCCUCUCAUCACUGACCUUAUUAAUAUCAAGGUGACAGAGCUGAAGGGUUUGGCCACUCACAUGCUGGUUGGUAGCGUCAUCUGUGAGACCAAGGAGCUCUUUACAGCCAUGCCUCAGGUGGUGGCUGUGGACGUCAAUGACUUGGGAACUAUCAAACUCAACCUGGAGGUGACGUGGUACCCCUUCGAUGUUGAGGACCUGACUCUGUCAUCUGGCAACUUGAGCAAAGCCACAGCUCUCCAGAGACGAGUGUCAGUCUACAGCCAGGGCACACCGGAGACCCCCACCUUUCAGGACAGUUCUUUCUUUUCCACUUUACCAGAUGAUGUCUUUGAAAAUGGUGGCUGCGGCAUGGCAGAGUGCAAACGUUUGUCCUUCACCUUUUCUGACACCUCUGGUUCUACACCCAGCCCCAGCCCGGCACCAAGCACCUUCUCCCAAAGCCAGUCUAACCCUGAGAUCACCGUCACUCCUCCAGAAACAGAUUUAUUACCCAUACAAAUCCUCCCAACUAGGGAGGACUCUAUUGCAGAGGAGCAUUUAGUGGAGGAAGAGGAGGAGGAGUAUGAAGAGGAUGGGGAAACGGGUAGUAGAGGAAGCAGGGACAGCAGGACCAGCCCUAGCCUUGCCAGCGAUGAAGCAGAUGUUGCAGAAGAUUCAGAGUGGGAGCGCACAGAGUCCCAGCGUAAUUCCAGCUCAAACUGUGGUUCAGCUGCCCCAUCUUUGUGUUCUGAUGGGCACCUAUCCACAGUGGCUCCUGAGGACGUUUUUCUGGAUCAGGCUGAUGAGCUGAAACCCGUGGAACUGGACACAGAAGAGCCGGGCAGCCUCACCAGACAGCUAGUGAAAAGGCUUACUUCUUCAGAAAUUGUACCACCCAAUGGGAGCUCAACUGAGGGUGGAGAAAGCCUGAGUUGGGCAGGAGAGGGGAGCCGGGCUUUCCUAGAGAGUAGCCUGGAGGAGGCAAUACACAGCUUGCUGACAAGACUGGAGUCACUGACUCACCGCUGCAGAGAGCUGCAGGACCUGGAGCAGGAAGUGAUGCACCUGGAGGACCUCUUUAAGUGUCGUCUCCCGGGUCACAGGAGUCGGUCAUCCAGCCUCAGCCUGACAGUGGAGAGCGCCCUGGAGAGUUUCGACUUCCUCAACACUUCUGACUUUGAUGAUGAGGAUACUGGAGAUGAUCAUGCUGGCCUCAGCAUUCCCCCACAGAGGUCUCCCCUUUUUGAUGCAGAUGGGGAGAGGAUUGGUGGUGAUGUCUGGUAUGUGCUGCUCAGGGGCCAGCAUCCAGAAGCCAGAGGGCACCCAAGCGAAGCCCUGACAGAGGAUACUGGCGUGGGCAACAGUGUUGCUGGAAGCCCCCUACCACUCACUACUGGAAAUGAAAACCUAGAUGUGGCCAUCGUCAUCCACCUCCAAUACUGUAAUCACCUCAUACAGUUGUUGACCAGUGGGGUGGGUGGAUGGCAGCGUCGCAGUCUGCUCCUCAAACUGUCUGGACAAACGCAGCUACUAGAAGAGCUCGCAGAGAUCAGUGUGGAUCGACUGGGAACUAUUACCUCUGCUGCUGAUGUCCUCCCAAGCUUGGCGGAGCGCCCCCAGCUGAUGACACUCUGGUCAGAGUGCAGUGGGUCUGCGGGGCUCUUCCACACCACCUUGGACAGUGUGUUCAAACUCAUGAACCAGCGCUACAUAACAGUGCUGCAGGAGAGAUACCCACACAGCGCUGACACAGUGAUUGGUGUAGUAGUAGGUGAGAUGGUGGACAGGAGUGACCUGGCAGAGGUACAAACCCCCCCUGCCACUGCUCUCUGCCAGGAUGUUUUGACUGUGUUUCAGUUCCACAGCUACAUAUUACAGCAUGGAGUUCAGGACAUGGAGACUCACUUGUUACACCUGGCAAGAGAGGGGGUGUUUGCAGAGGUCCUGUGCAGUGGGGAUUAUUCUCAGUGUCUGGCAGAGCUGGAGGAGGUACACUUGUCAACGCUUGGGCCUCAAAAGAGCACUCUGAGGGCCCUGGCUUCUCUGCUCACUGCAGAGGACCCUCAGGUCAACAAGGCAGCUGCCGACUACCUCUCCUCUGGAGCAACAGACAGACACUUCAGGGCCAGGGCAGUGGAGUGCUACACUCAGGCGCUGUCAGAGGCUGGAGUCCAGAGCCAGAGGGCCGCCUGCUCAGCUCUCAGCUGUCUGCAGGCAGUAGAGAGCAUCAGAGCAGUGAUAGCACUGUGUGAUUCAGCCGAUGAGGAGCUCCGCCAUGUCGCCAUAGAAACAUUGCUUACAUUUGGUGAGGAAGGGCGGCUGGCGUAUGAGCAGCUGGACACAGUUCCAAGGGAAAUGAUCCGUCUUGGCACGCGGCGAGGAAACGCUGUCACCACUGCCUUCUGAGCCAUCACGCCACUUCAAACACAACAGAGCAAUCCCAGCCCAUCCUCAGAGGACCACUUUAACCGUCAUUAAACUGCACACCUCUCAGGGCUGGUCUAUUUAUUAACCUGCUCUCUUGCGAUAAGUUUUUCACGUCGCAUCCACAGUUGAUUCCUGUUCUCACUUAUACUGCCUUUUGAAAGGAUCUAACAACAAACAGUCUUAACCACAAAGACACACAACCUGUACCCCUCCUGCUACACACUUGCACCAGUUGUUCCUUUUUUAUUUAAAUAUUGGACACUCCCUGCACACCUCCUUACCCUGCUUUCUGAGCCAGGCAGACCAGUCAGGUUAAGUAAAAUUGGAUGUGGAACUGGAAUUUGACUGGACGCAAAGCUGCUGCAAAAGACUGUGGAAAUCUAUAAAUGCAUCGUCACUCCACAAACAUCCUCCACCACAAAGCUAUCCACUGCACACAACACUCGUAUCACUUACUGAAUAAGGAUCAUCUUGAUUGUUAAAGAGUCAGCUGUUAUGCGAUGUAUUCUAAUCACUGAAACAUGUUUAAGUUGUUUUUUUUUUUUUGUUUUUUUUGCAUUAGAAAGGUUUUCUGGUAUUUU